GUAAACAAACAUGGCGGCUCUGACUGCAGGAGAGAACGCAUAAGGGAGGGGAUCGAGUUCUGUACGGACUAGGAUGGAGGAACCGGCGUCCUUCAUGGACGACAGUGACGAGCACCGAGCGGUGGCCAUUGUCGGCUCCGAGCUGGUGGACAAUUACACGGUUUAUAUCAUUGAGGUCCGGACUGGUGUUUAUAACUGGAAAGUGAAACAUCGCUACAGUGACUUUUAUGAUCUCCAUGAAAAACUGACGGCGGAGAACAAAAUGGAGCGGAAUUUGCUGCCUCCUAAAAAAAUCAUUGGAAAGAAUUCGAAGAGCUUGGUGGAAAAACGUCAGAAGGAUCUGGAGGUCUACCUACAAACACUGCUUGCAAAGUUUCCUGUUACUGUUCCGAGAGCUUUGUCACAUUUUUUGCACUUUCACUUAUAUGAAAUUCAUGGAAUUGCUGCUGUUCUGGCCGAGGAACUUUACCAUAAUGGUGAGCAAUUACUUGUAGCAGGAGAAGUAUUUCAUAUGAGACCUCUCCAACUGUAUGCCAUAACCCAAUUGCUACGACAUGGCAAACCAACAUGUAUUAAUGGAGAUGCCAAAACUGACCUUGGGCACAUACUUGAUUUUACGUGUAGACUGAAAUAUUUAAAGAUCAGUGGUUCAAAGGGUCCUGUUGGAACAAGUAAUAUACAAGAGCAUCUGCUAUCAUAUGAUCUAUCUGUAUUUAAAUCACUUUGUCAAGUAGAGAUCUGCCAUUCUGAUGCAAGACUCAUCAAAGGCUUCACCUCUUGCAAGAAAACACUGGAAACUAUGACUGUUCAGUUUUCAGCAUCAUCAAUGAAGGACAUCCUGGUGCCUGAGGCUCUUGAAUUCGAUCAUUGGGAGGCAGAAGGUGCGACAUCAGACUGUCCUAUAACAGCUGUAGUUCUGAAAUGGAGUACUCUGACCACUGUGGAUAUGAGCCACAAUCAGAUCCCUUGCAUUGAUGAUUCUGUGAAAAUUGCUCCACAAAUAGAGUUUCUAGCCUUGAGUUAUAAUAACAUAUCCUCCAUAGAAAAUCUGCAGCAUCUAUACAACCUGAUUCACUUGGAUCUGUCCUACAACAAGCUGUCUGGCCUGGAAGGCAUUCACUCAAAGAUUGGAAAUAUAAAAACACUAAAUUUAGCUGGAAACCUGCUAGAAAGUCUCAAGGGACUCAAUAAGUUAUAUUCUCUGGUCAACCUGGAUUUAAGCAACAACAGGAUCUCACAGGUGGAUGAAAUAAAAAAUAUUGGGAACCUCCCAUGCUUGGAAGCUGUGAUUCUGACUGACAACCCUGUGACAAUUAUCCCUGAUUACAGAACCAAAGUUCUUGCACAGUUUGGGGACAGAGCUGCAGAGAUUUGUUUGGACAACACUGCUACAACAGAAAAAGAACUGGACACGGUAGAAGUACUAAAAGCAAUCCAGAAAGCAAAGGAAGCAAAACACAAAUUGAAUAAUACUGAUAAAAAGAUGAGUGAGGACUUCCGGCUCACUGCUUCCAGCUCUUCUUUUCCUGCAAAUGUUUCCUCUUCUGUCUCUCGGCCUGUUAUCUCCAGUCAAGACCGGCCCGCAGACAGCAGAACUUCCACCAGUCUGACCCAAAAUGAUCACUCGCAAAGAAAAGGUGGAAUCCAACAUUCUGUACAUGAUAGAGGAAAAAGCAGAGAGCCAUCCAAAUCUGAUGCAGUUUUGCAAAAUAAUAAUCUUCAUGUGGCCAGGUGAGGUUUUACCUUACACUUUUAGAACACAUUUG